AUGGAGCCGCCUGAUUGGCUCUUCACACGCGACUGGGAUGCCGCCUCCGCUCCCAUUGGCCGCUCACACGCGACCACCUUUAAAACCCGCAAACUUUGCCGCAACUUUCGCCAAACUUUGCGCCCGGCGCAGCGCGGAACGGCGGAAUUGCGCCCGAGAAUGGCAGAGAGCCGGCGGGAGGGAGCGGGGACCCCGGGCUGGCCUUGCCCCGAGUGUCGAGAAUCGGGCGCAGCCAGGGCGCAGCAGAAGCGCCGGCGUUUGGCCGCCAACGCCCGGGAAAGGCGGCGGAUGCGCGGCUUGAACGCAGGUUUCGAGCUGCUCCGGAGCGUCAUCCCCGGUGUCCGGAGGCGGCUGUCCAAAUCGGACACUCUGCAAAUGGCUCAAAUCUACAUCGGGGCCCUGAGCGAGGAGCUGCGGAGGGGGUCCGGCCCCAGGAGCCCCCCGGCCGGGGGCAGCCCGGACACCGAGCCCGGGGACGGAGCGGAGAAGCGGCGGAUGCAGCCUCCCGGUUCCCGCAGCGACGGAGAAGCGGAUCUGAGUGAGUGACCAGCCCCAGGAAUCCGGACUGAGCUGCUCCGGACUCGGCUGCACUUUUGUCGUCUUUUUGGAACCGGUUCUCAGGCGGAGUCGC